AUGCUCAAGGACGACAAGGAGUUGCGGAGAACGCAAGAGCGAAAAGGAAGGAGGGUCUCUGGGAAUGACGACGUCCAAAGCGGGAAGCAACACGGAAAAGAGUUGGAGGAACUGGGUUUGACUGUGGAGGAUACCCCGCCGUAUCGGAAAAAGGAUGGCAGCUGGCGUUUUUGUAUUGAUUACAGAGCGUUGAAUCGCGCCACCAUACCAAAUAAAUUUUCCAUCCCCGUCACAGAGGAGUUGCUGGAUGAGUUAAGAGGGGCGAGAUACUUCUCGAAGGUGGAUUUGAAGGCGAGUUUAUGGAAGGCUCCUCUUGCCCUUACUUGUUACAUACCAGGGGAAACUGCAGUAGAAGCAGUGGCUCAAGAGCUCCUGACAAGAGAUGAGGUGCUCAAGCAGCUUAGAUUUCAUUUAACAAGGGCACAUGAUUUGAUGACCAAGUAUGCUAACCACAAAAGGAAACCAGCAAAGGUUAAGCAGAUGCCAAACAAACCAAGAAUACAUCCUGUAUUCCACGUGUCUCAAUUGAAGGUGGUAGUGGGAACCAAACAAGUUGAGAGGGAUUUGCCGAAUGAAUUGCAAGCGGAUGAUCAACCAUUCUGGCCUCUCAGAAUUCUUGACAGAAGGCAAAAACAGUGGGAUGAUGAGAUGAUACUGCAAAUUUUGGUUGAAUGGCAAGAAGGUGGGAAGGAGGGAGCAACAUGGGAGGAUGUGUGA